AUGCGUCGUCAGAAGAAGAAGGUGUUUGAGCAUCUUAUUUCUCAGGAUAUGCAGUCGUCGACGUUAUCAGUCGGCCCACUUGCUAGUGUGGAUAGUGGGGUUGUGACCAUUGUUGGUAGCAUCGAGUGCGUGGUCGAGAGAGCGGCUAAUGUUUGGAAAGUCGAUUGUCCAAUAGACUUUUUUGUGAAAGCACAAAGAAUCAUGUCAAUAUUGUUGAACUUUGAAACUCAACAAGCCGAGCAUGAUGUGUCCUCUUUGCAGCAGACACCACAUGCCUCAUCACAGGGUGACAAUGGAGGUAACAACGAUGGUAAUCAACAACAUGUUGUUGCAACACUCCAUAUUGAGGAAGAAGCUCCACCUUCCGUUGACGAAACCCAACCUCCUCCUACUUCCGGUGAUGACACCCAACCUAUACUAAGCAUGGACUUUGCCCUACAGUAUAUGUUGGAACUUCAUGAAAACGCCUUUUUGAUGGCUAAGAAUGAAAAGCUUCGUGCUGAGAACCUACAGUACAAGGAAGCACUGAGGAAUGCUAAGCACUUUCGUUGUGGAGGCUCAUCUUCUGUUGGUGAAAUGUCCUUUGAAGAGAAGCAUUUGAGGCUUGAAAAUGCUCUAUUGAAAGAAAAGAUUAAAAAGUUAAGAGAAAUGACAGCAAGAAUUGCAAAACAAUCAUCAACGACUUCCUUCUCUAACCUUCCACUGCGACUUCACACUCCAAUAUCCUCGCGCUCGUCUGAUGUUGUCAACUAUGUUCUGCAACCAAGCAUGGCAAUGCAAGUGCAUGGUGGCAGCAGCGACCCUAAAAGAUCAAUUAUCACAACUCCGUUUACCGAAUCUGAAAAAUCCUUAAUUAUGGAGCUUGUGGUUGGAGCUAUGGACGAAUUUACUAAUAUGGCUAACAGUGGACCACCUCUAUGGAUCCCCGAAAUGAAUGGUGAUAUUCUAAACCAACAAGAGUAUGUUAAGGCUUUCCAUGCAGGACUAAGUCGAACACGCAUGGGGUUCAGAUCUGAAGGCUCAAGGGAAUCCAUGAUGGUCAUCAUGAAUCGUAAUAACCUUAUUGAGAUCCUUAUGGAUGUGAAUCAAUGGUCAAAUGUGUUUCCUGGUAUUGUUUCAAGUGCAAGGACAACAGAAAUCAUAUCGACUGGAGUGGCAGGAGACUAUGAUGGAGCCUUGCAAGCGAUAUCAGCAGAGUUCCAGACGCUCUCGCAUCUUGUUCCUGCUCGUGAUACUUAUUUUUUAAGGUAUUGUAAGCAUCGCCCUGAUGGGGCAUGGGUUGUGGUUGAUAUUUCCUUAGACGAUAUGCGACCUGGUGCCGCCACAAGAUGCAGAAGACGACCCUCUGGUUGUAUGAUUCAAGAAUUUCCAAAUGGUUUAUCAAAGGUUACAUGGAUUGAACAUGUAGAAGUUGAAGACAGAGAAGUGCAUGAUAUCGUCAAACAUCUAUUUAAUUCUGGUUUUGCCUUUGGAGCUAAGCGAUGGAUAAAAAACUUAGAUAGAUAUUGUGAACGUCUUGCUUUCACAAAGAACACUAUCAUACCACAAAUUAAUGGAAUAGCUUCUAAAGAAAGAAAAACCUUGAUGAAGUUAGCAGAGAAAAUUAUGCAGAGCUAUUGCAACUAUGUUUGUGCUUCCCCACCACCUCAUGUUUGGACAGUCCAGACAACCCCCACUGGUGUUGAUGAUGUGAGGGUGAUGACCAGAAACCAAAUUGAUGCAUCAGGCGCACUUAUUGGUGUUGUCAUCAGUGUUGCAACUUCUUUCUCGCUUCCAGUUCCUUCCAAAAGACUCUUUGAUUUUCUUCAAAAUGAAAACUCGAGGAACCCGUGGGAUAUUCUCACCAAAGGUUUUCUAGUUCAAGAACUAGCACACACAGAAAGUGGUAUUGAUCCUGGAAAGUUUAUCUCUUUACUUCAUACAAAUAGUGCAAGUUCCAGCCAAAGCAACAAGACCAUAGUUCAAGAGACCUACACUGACUCUAUAGGCUCAUAUGUGGUAUAUUCUCCUGUUGAACUUAGUACCAUGAAUUUAGUCUUGAGUGGCUCAGAUCUAGAUUAUGGUAACCUAUUGCCCUCAGGCUUUGCCAUUAUUCCUGAUGGGUCUAGGCUGAGCGGCGGGCCCAUAAAUGAUGAUGGACAAGGAGGGUGUCUUGGUACACUUGCAUAUCAAAUAUUGGUUGAAGCAACUCCAACACCACUAGCUCCUAGCUUAGUGUCCUCGUUGUGCACUUUAAUGAAGUGCACAAUUGACAAAAUCCAAGUGGCAAUGAUGAGUGUCAGCACCUGAUUGUU